UGGGCCAGUGUGAGCUGUAUGGACACGUGCCGCUUCUCCAUAGGGUGGGUGCGCUGGAUCCUGCGCUUCCGAUUCCGGCAGGUAUAAAAGACCUCCGACCGCCUCUAAAUUGUCGGUAGCUAAGUCUCGCCGAGCCGGAAGAGGGAGGGAGACGCGGGCGGCGGAGAUGAUGCGGCGUUCGGGCUCGGAAGGGGGGUCGAGUGGGGGGUCGGCAGAGGAAAUGUGGGGGGAGGCGGCGGGGUGGGAGAUGAGGCCGGGAGGUUUGCUGGUCCAACAGCGGGCUCCGGUCCCCGGGAGACCGCCGCCGCCGCAGGUGCGUGUCCGAAUCUCGUAUGGCGCUGCCAGAUACGAGGUCUCCGUCUCCUCCGUCGCCACCUUCGGAGAAUUGAAGAAGCUUCUGACGGCCAAUUCAGGGUUGCAGCCUGCCGAGCAGAGGCUGCUUUACAAAGGGAAGCAGAGAGGCGACAGCGAGUACCUUGAUGCAUGUGGUGUGAAGAACCGGUCUAAGAUUGUGUUGGUUGAGGACUCGACAAGCUUGGAGAGAAGAUAUACUGAGAUGCGCAAGAAUGCAAGGAUGCAAAGGGCCCACCGAGCCGUCUCCACCAUUUCACUAGAUGUUGACAAAUUGGCAGAUCAGGUUACUACCAUGGAGAAAUAUAUUAGAAAUGGAAAUAAAGUUGCUGAAGUACAGAUCACAACAUUAAUAGAGUUGCUCAUGAGACAAGCUAUUAGACUGGAUAGCAUUUCCGCUGAGGGAGAUGCUUCUUCCCAAAGAAAUCUGCAGGUUAAAAGAGUACAAAAAUGUGUUGAAACACUGGAUGUGCUGAAAGUUUCCAACACCAAAUUGAAGCCAGUGGUUGUGACAACAAAGUGGGAGACAUUUGAUCCACCAACAACAACACAAUGGGAGUAUUUCGAGUGAUUAUACUCUUUCUCCUCCUCCUCUCAUUCUUUUGGUGUAUUGUUCAAGUGUUCACCAGGUAUGCAGUAAACAAAUUGAAGUGUUUUCAUACAUUGAUCAGCUCAAUAACAAUUGCCUCUUUGUUUGCCA